GAUUCUGUUAAACUCCGGUUAAACUCGCUGACUUCCUGCAGGAGGGAAUGGCUGCUUCUCUGACUGCUCUCCUCCUCUGGACUCUGAUGGUCUGCAGCUCCUUUAUGGUUGUUUGUGCUGAUCAGGGAAUCAUCAGAGCUGAAUCUGGAGAAACUGUCAUUCUGCCAUGUAGAGCUCCUGAGAACCAAACUGUUACAGCUGCAGAGUGGAGGAGAGCUGAUCUGGAUUUUAGUGAAUAUGUUAUUCUGUACCAGAACAAGAAGGUUGAUAAAGAGGCUUCGUGUCCAUCCUUUAAGGACCGGGUGGAUCUGCAGGACGUGGAGAAUGGAGACGCGUCUUUGGUUCUGCAAAAAGUGACGACUGCUGAUAGAGGAACAUAUCAGUGUUGGAUCGUUCAGGGAGGAAAUAGUCGCAGGAAGAGUUCCAUUCUGGACAUUGACCCAACCGUUAUCAUUAACCUGAUAGUCCAACCGGAUCGGAGAAUCAUCACAGCUGAACAUGGAGAGAACGUCAUUCUACCAUGUAGAGCUCCUAAGAACGAUCCUGAUGGAGACGUAGAGUGGAGCAGAACUGAUCUGGAGUCAGGUCAAUAUGUUCUUAUGUACAGGAACGGGAAGGUGUAUCAAGAGGUCCAGUCUCCAUCCUAUAGGAACCGGGUGGAUCUGCAGGACAUGAAGAAUGGAGACGUGUCUUUGGUUCUGAACAAAGUGACGACUGAUGAUACAGGAACAUAUGAGUGUCGAGUCGUUCAGAGAGGAAAGGGCUGCAGGAGGACAUCCAUUCUGGACACUGAUCCUCUCAGCAUCAUUAACCUGAGAGUUGAACCAGCACCGUCAUGGCCCACAGUUCUCCAGGUUCUCUUGGUUCUCGUGGUUCUGGCUCUGAUUGUUGCAGGUCUUUUAUAUCGUAAUCGGCUCUGUUUCAUGUCAGAAUACAACGUGGUGGUGGAUUCAGGGAAGGAGUCUGUCCUGCUGCCCUGCAGAACCAGACCAUUCCUGCCUGGAGAUGCUAGAGUGGAGUGGAAGGACAGCAGAGACAGGAAGGUCCAUGUGUACGAGAACGGUUCUGAUCAGCCUGAAGAACAGGACCAGUUCUACAGAACCAGAACCAAGAUGAAUGAAGACCUGCUGAGAACUGGAGACCUCAGUCUGACUCUGGAACACCCCACAGAUGGAGACACUAACAUCUACACCUGCAUCGUUUCCAGAGGGGAGGAGAACAUCCUGAUGGAGAAGGAAGUUCAUCUGAAGGUCAAAGUCCCACAGGUGGAGGUGGAUUCAGGGGAGGAGUCUGUCCUGCUGCCCUGGAGAACCACAGUUACCCUGCCUGGAGAUGCUAGAGUGGAGUGGAGGGACAGAGGAGACAGGAAGGUCCAUGUGUAUGAGAAUGGUUCUGAUCGUCCUGAAGAACAGGACCAGUUCUACAGAAACAGAACCAAGAUGAAUGAAGACCUGCUGAGAACUGGAGACCUCAGUCUGACUCUGGAACACCCCACAGAUGGAGACACUAACAUCUACACCUGCAUCAUCUCCAGAGGGAAGGGAGACAUCCUGAUGAAGAAACAAGUUGAUCUCAAUGUCAAAGUCCAACAGGUGUUGGAGGUGGAUUCAGGGGAGAAGUUUGUCCUGCUGCCCUGCAGAACCACAGUUACCGUGCCUGGAGAUGCUAGAGUGGAGUGGAGGGACAGGAGAAACAGGAGGGCCCAUGUGUAUGCGAACGGUUCUGAUCAUCCUGAAGAACUGGACAAGAGAUACAGAAACAGAACCAAGAUGAAGAAAGACCUGCUGAGAACUGGAGACCUCAGUCUGACUUUAAAACACCCCACAAAUAGAGACACUAACAUCUACACCUGCAUCCUCUUUAGUAGGGACGGAAACAUCCUGAUGAAGAAGCAAGUUAUUCUCCAGGUCAAAGGUCAGUGAUUUAAAUCUAUGGGUCAAAGGUCAAGGGU